AUGCCGCGCCGAGGAGCCUCUAGGUCUAGGAGCUGUGCCAACUGUCGAGCUGUCAAGCGACGGUGUGAUAAGCAGCUUCCUCACUGUGGACAGUGUAUUCGCAAACGCGAAGAAUGCCCAGGAUACCGCGAUGAAUGGGAGUUGGUCUUCCGCGACCAGACCAAUGAUACCAUAAAGCGGUUCAAGGAGAGAAAUCUGCCCAGCCUCAGUUUGGACGAGAUGGAAGACAGAUAUUUCCUCAAUUUCCAAUAUCUCAGUCGACAUGAGAUAAUAGAUCUACCAAACGCCUCCAAAUUAUCCCAGGCCGUCUCCUCCUCCUCGAUGAUGCGCAAUCAGAUCUUCUCGUCCUUUUUAAGCGAAUGCUUUCCUAGCAAUAAGGAGUGCGCGUCCGAUAUCAAUUUGACACGAUUUAUUCUUUCGGGCAUGAGUCUGUUCCCCCAAAAGAGCCUUAUGCUCGAGAUGGCCCUGUCCGCAUUGGCUUGUAUUUUUCUCGGAAAGAUCCGCCAUAAUGAACAGUUCUUUCAGCAUGGGCUUCAAUUAUACAACCGUGCAAUUCGGCACAUGUCAAAUAUAAUCAGUGGCAAUGUGUAUAAUAAUGACAUGGUUUACACAAGUGUGGUUUUCCAGCAACUUCAGACUCACUAUUGCCCGUACACACUUGGAGAAUGGAUCACUCAUGUAGAUGGAUUAUACGCAAUUAUGAAAUGCUACCGCCGACGAAUGCAGACAACGCCGAUAAUCGCUGCGAUAUUUGGAAAGUGCCAAAAGAUGAAGGUGCUACUUUCGGGCAUCGGGCAUCUAUCCAAGGAGACAAUUACGUGGCUUAAUGAGCCCAAUGAAGGCGGGCCGUGGUUUGGCGUGAUCAGGCUUCUAACAGAGAUGUCUCGUAUCACAUCUACUCUUCGGACCACAAAUGUCUCUGACCACAAGGCUUACGCAGCUCUAUUGAACAACUGUCUUGCCCUUGAAAAAGAUCACAUGGACUUUUAUACUGAAAUUGAACACGAAGUAGACGGUGAAACUCCUACAUACACCCGUGGUGAAUUGAAAACAGCCAUGCCGCCCACGGAUGAUCUAUUCGGUCCUGCCUAUCGCUUUUCCUCCCUCGAAGACUCCAUGCUGCAUCUUUUUUACUGGUUAUCACUUUCCUCUGUCUAUCCUCUUAUCCAUCAAUGCCGUACGCAUGCUAUGGCUGCCAAUGCUGAGUCGCCUGAUUUUUCUCAGAGUGACGAGGUUGAGAUGCAUCGUUUGGUAAUUUUCUAUGUCAACAAGGCUGCUCGAUGUCUUCCUUACUGCGGGCAGGAGAGCAUGAGUUCCUUCGCUUAUUAUCACUUACUUUGCGCGGUCCAGGUCUCGCGCGUAUAUACUCAUGCCAGGGAUUGGGGGCGCUUUCUCUGGGCCCAGCAUGUUUUCACAUUUAUUGAACUUUCUGGUUACGAGUAUGCGGCUCGGUAUCGUGAAAUAUGGUGGGAUUAUUGGUUUGAUUCACAGAAACAUAACACGUGCAGCAUCUUGGAUUACAGGCAAUUGAGCAAGGAGCCCAAAAAGACUAUUUAUGCGGUCACAGAAGGCGAUGUGUCGAUUGAGGCUGCGGAGUAA